UAUCGCACUUAUUCUACUGACCAAUCGAGGCGAAGCAGGAGCAACGUCACGGGAGUUCAGAGAGAGCAUCAGAAAUCAGUUAUUUCGUUGGUGGACAUAGCUGUAAACACACCGAGGAGAGUGUUUUGUUCGCCUAUUUGCUACCGGCUUGACCUUUUCAUUCGAGAAGAGACCUUUUUAAAGCUGCUGCUUGAAAGCUUGUCAAGAAAAAAGAUGGGCGAGUGCGGUGUUCCUGAAGCAGGAAACUGGCAUCUUCGGUGGGUCUUGGGCAUCUGCAUCAUUAUCGGCUACUCGUAUGCCUUUUUCGACGAUCUCCAGAGCAUGUACAAGGGCGACAGCAUGUUCCGGGCCUCAGGCCAGCGUGACUACAUCUUAACGGUACUGAACCGAGCCAUCGACGACGAUGCUCAGCCACCACGCAGUGAAAGAGUGUCGCCCGCCGGCCGGCAGCAACCGACCAAGGUAGACCGGGAGAGGUGCGAAGCUUCGCUGGAGGCGGAGCGCACCUGGCAACACACGCAGCUCCACCACGACUCGUGGGCGGUCUUCGCGUCGGUGGAGCAGCCUGUCCAGAGAGUGUUUGUAGUUCUGGAUCUAUUGAUGAUAGUCUUCGGCUGUCUGGCUGGCAUAGUGGGCUAUUUGCUCAUCCACGGCGCUGUUUGGAAACGGCGCAAGCACCUGGUUCCUUGGCUGCUAUUGUCCUUCACCAUCGCUUAUGGACCAGUCUUCUACGGCGGUGUCCACAUAGCCAUAAAGCAAGGAUUGCACGUCAGUUCCGCCAACAGCCUCAAUAUAGGCUUCAUUGUCGCCUUUGCUAUAAUAGUGGUCGUACUUCACGCAACGGCAUUUUAUGCCGUGACAAAGUUCUUCCUUUACCUUUGGAAGCCGGAGGAUGAAAUCACUGUGAAAGAAACGUUGAUUGGUCCUGAAAGCAUAAGGAAGAAUAAAUUAGAAAAUAUUGAUCACGGGAUUUGGGAUCGAUCUCCAAAUAAUAGACCUGAAGUACGAAAAACUUUGCGGCAUAAAAUAAUUUAUGUUUUUCCA